CCGCUAUCUAUAAAGUUGUUGUUUUGCCAACAUGGCGGCGCCCAUAGUGCCUGGACAGAGUGUGUUCACCUAAGGUGGGAACCCAGGCGUAAGGAGCCGCAGGCCAGAGCCUGUGAGCAGGGCUUUCCUACCUUCUGAAGAAUGGCUCCUUGGCAGAGACUGAGGUUUUAUGCCUUUCUUCUGCAAAGGCAGCUAAAUGGUGGGCCAGAUGUCAUCAACUGGGGAAGAGGAGUGAUUCCAGGAUGUUCCAGAGGUAUUUACAGUGCUACAGGAAAGUGGACCAAAGAGUAUACGUUGCAGACAAGAAAGGAUGUGGAGAAAUGGUGGCAUCAACGAAUAAAAGAACAGGCCUCCAAAAUUUCAGAAGCUGAUAAAUCGAAGCCCAAGUUUUACGUGCUUUCCAUGUUCCCGUAUCCCUCCGGCAAGCUGCACAUGGGCCACGUGCGUGUGUACACCAUCAGCGACACCAUUGCACGCUUCCAGAAGAUGAGAGGGAUGCAGGUCAUCAAUCCCAUGGGAUGGGAUGCCUUUGGUUUGCCUGCCGAAAAUGCUGCGAUUGAGAGGAAUCUACAUCCGGAAAGUUGGACGCAAAGUAAUAUCAGACACAUGAGGAAGCAGCUUGAUCGACUAGGUCUGUGUUUUAGCUGGGAUAGGGAAAUAACCACGUGUUUACCAGAUUACUAUAGAUGGACUCAGUAUCUCUUUAUUAAACUCUAUGAAGCUGGACUGGCCUAUCAGAAGGAGGCAUUGGUUAACUGGGACCCAGUGGAUCAAACAGUGCUUGCCAAUGAGCAGGUGGAUGAACAUGGCUGUUCGUGGCGUUCUGGAGCAAAGGUGGAACAGAAGUACCUCAGACAGUGGUUUAUUAAGACAACUGCUUAUGCAAAGGCCAUGCAGGACACGCUAGCAGACCUUCCAGAAUGGUACGGAAUAAAAGGCAUGCAGGCACACUGGAUCGGGGACUGUGUGGGCUGUCAUCUGGACUUUGCGUUAAAGGUUGAUGGGCAAGUCACAGGAGAAGAGCUGAGCGCCUACACAGCCACCCCUGAGGCCAUUUAUGGCACCUCCCAUGUGGCCAUCUCACCCAGCCACAGACUCCUACAUGGGUGCAGCUCCCUGAAGGAAGUCUUUCAGAAGGCUCUGGUCCCUGGCAGAGAUUGCCUCACACCCGUGAUGGCUGUGAACAUGCUCACCCAGCAGGAGGUCCCUGUCAUCAUCUUGGCCAAAGCUGACUUUGAGGGCUCUCUGGAUGCAAAAAUAGGAAUCCCCAGCACCAGCUCAGAGGAUACCGUCUUAGCCCAAUCCCUGGGCCUGUCCUACUCUGAAGUCAUCGAGACCUCGCCAGAUGGCACAGAGAGACUGAGCAACUCUGCCGAGUUCACAGGUAUGAACAGACUGGAUGCAUUUCUGGCCCUGACUCAGAAAGCCCGGAGGAAGAGAGUGGGCGGAGACGUGACAAGCGAUAAACUGAAGGACUGGCUGAUCUCGAGGCAGCGGUACUGGGGCACGCCCAUCCCCGUGGUCCACUGCCCGGCCUGCGGGCCGGUGCCUGUGCCUCUGGACGACUUGCCCGUGACCUUGCCCAGCAUCACCUCUUUCACCGGAAAGGGAGGCUCCCCACUGGCCUCAGCUUCGGAGUGGGUGAACUGCUCCUGCCCUAGGUGCAAGGGAGCAGCCACAAGAGAGACAGACACGAUGGAUACCUUUGUUGAUUCUGCUUGGUACUACUUCAGAUACACCGACCCUCAGAACACUCAGAGCCCUUUCAGCACAGCUUUGGCAGAUUACUGGAUGCCUGUGGAUUUGUAUAUCGGAGGGAAAGAGCAUGCCGUCAUGCACUUGUUCUAUGCGCGAUUCUUUAGUCAUUUUUGCCACGAUCAAAAAAUGGUCAAACACAGGCAGCCCUUUCAUAAGCUGCUGGCCCAAGGCCUUAUCAAGGGGCAGACAUUCCGCCUACCAUCUGGACAGUAUCUCCAGCGAGAAGAAGUGGAUCUCACAGGUUCUGUUCCUGUUCACGUGAAGACAAGGGAGAAAUUAGAGGUGACAUGGGAGAAGAUGAGCAAAUCCAAGCACAAUGGGGUGGACCCCGAAGACGUCGUGGAGCAGUAUGGCAUCGACACCAUCCGGCUGUACCUCCUUUUUGCCGCCCCUCCUGAGAAGGACAUCUUGUGGGACGUGAAGACUGACGCUCUCCCCGGGGUGCUGAGGUGGCAGCAGCGUCUGUGGGCCUUGGCAACGCGAUUUAUCGAGGCCAGGAUUUCCGAGAAGGUUCCCAGGCCUCAGCUGUUGAGUAACAAGGAGAAAGCGGAGGCCAAGAAGCUGUGGGAGUACAAGAACUCGGUCAUCUCUCAGGUGACCGCCCAUUUCACAGAGGACUUAUCACUGAAUUCUGUGAUUUCUCAUCUGAUGGGACUCAGCAGUGCCCUCUCGCAAGCAUCUCAGAGAGUUGUUCUCCACAGCCCUGAGUUUGAGGAUGCUCUUUGUGCGCUGAUGGUGAUGGCUGCUCCCAUGGCCCCUCACAUAACCUCGGAGCUCUGGGCAGGUCUGGCGCUGGUGCCCAGGAAGCUAUGUCCCCACUAUGCCUGGGAUGCCGACGUGCUGCUUCAGGCCUGGCCAGCUGUGGACCCGCAGUUCCUCCAGCAGCCUGACAUCGUGCAGAUGGCAGUUCUGAUCAACAACAAAGCCUGCGGCAAAAUCCCCGUGCCCCAGCAAGUCGCCCAGGACCAGGGCAAAGUCUAUGAACUGGUUCUCCAAAGUGAACUGGGUAUCAAGUUCUUACAGGGGCGAAGCAUCAAGAAGGCCUUCCUGUCCCCCAGAACUGCCCUCAUCAACUUCCUGGUGCAGGAGUGACUACAGGGAUGUUGCAGCUGCCACAGGACUCUGGGCACCUCCUCCAGGUCUGGGAGGAAGAGAAGGAGCCUGGGACCCAUGGGCAGAGAAAGGCCCAGUGUCUUGAAUAUCUGCUUUCCUACUCUGAAAGGCUGGCAUCAACAGGGUACCUCUGCACUAUGGCCUGGUGCAGGGGUGAGGGUGGGUAUGGGCAGGGGAGAAAUAGGAGUGAGGGGGGAAUGGGGCAGCCUGCACCUCCCCGCACUAUUGCAGGGUGGAGGAAGCCACCAGUGAUGCGACUGGGUGGGAGCAGAAAGAAGAGAAGUAAGUCCGGAUGAGCAAGAUGCAGACUGGGAGCUUCUGGACCCUGGAAAUGGCACAGCUUUAGGCACACGAGCCUAGAGUGAGGAAGCACCAGGGCUCAGGAGCAGCAUGGCAGGCACUGUCCAGCGGGUGGCAGAACUUUGACAUGGUGGAUGGUCUCCCACCUUCAGGCUACGUGGAAAAACUGUUUGGGUCCUGUCCAAAUAUCCCCAUGUGGAGUGGACACUGGGAUCUUCCAAAUUUGCUCAGAAUCAAAAGGCAAAUGGGGCUAGCCCUGCAACCAACUCCCACACCUCAGCACUGACAUCUGGGCGAAACACGGCUUCCCACUGUGAAUGUCUCCCUGGCAGCCCUUCCUAACCACUCCCUCAGGGUGUAAGAUGUAGCGGAACCAAGCUGGUUCCAGUCUCAGAAGGAACCAACCUCGGUGCCUGCCACAGCCCAGCAGGGGUCUGUUCAUGCGCACCCCAGAUGGCAAUGCCGCCGUGAUGGUGGCCCGCCAGAGCCCAUCAUUAGGAAGAGCAAGCCCAGGCAGAGGGGUGGGACUGAUGCCACCCAGGCAUCGCCUUCUGUGUCCAGGCCAUGGCAGUCUGGCUGCCAGGGAGACAGCUGGGGCUGGACCUAUGUCAUGUAUAUUAGGGUGAUCCUAUGGUUUUGUGGAGUCAGCAAUCAGGUGCUCUUAUCAGAACUGGCUUAAGACUGGUUACUAUGAAUGAGGGGAGGAGGAGGAGAAUCUGGCCGUAUUGUGAUGCUGAAAAUCUGUAUUUGUUCUCUGAUGCCCUCUUCUGAAGUAGCCUCAGAUGUGGUCCCCUGCAGUUCAGCAGUUAACAGAUGGCUUUUUUUUUUUUUAAUGUAAUAAAAUAUUUGUCAUGUAUGACUUUGGGCCAUGUGUGAUCCUGGAAUAGCCACCAUAUUUCAAUUCCAGAGUUAAUCAGGAACAGAUCGAGGUAUUCUGUCAUCAUCAGAAGCACUGGCUGUGUGUCUGACUCCACGUGUUAUAUCAUAAAGUGGGAUGUGUGGGGAACUUGCAGAACAUGUUCCUGACUCAGGAACAUGAGCAACAGCAACCAUUCCCUUGGCUCAAACUUAAUCUCUGCCCGGUCUCCAUGCCUAGAAAUCCUGGUUUAAUUGACCUGAGGUGCACUUGGGCCUCAGGGAACCUUAAAAGCUCCCCGGUUGAUUCUAAUGGUAGCACAGUUGGAGAGCCCCUGGAUUAAUUGAUACAUUUGAACCAUAAUGUCUAACUGGAUCUUUCUCUCCCUGACCUUCAGCUUAACUGGGAUUACUUCGGUCUAGGACUAAAACACGAUGUGAAAGAGUUGGAAAAGACUAGCACCAGAAGGGAAAGCAGGGGCCAGAACUCUUGAGCAGGUAUUUAAGGCAUUCGCAGUGCUGACUUGAGUGAGCACAGUCCCAUUCCAUGUACUGGCCAAUGUGGAUUAAACACAAGCACGCUGACGAGGAUAUUUGUACAGGGAAGGAGUGAGUGUUUUUGCUUCAUUGUCUUGUUUAUUCCGAAGGUAAGCUUUGUGGCCUUGAGCCUGUCUGCAAGAUGAGGGCCAGGAGCCCUUUAUCUGCACAUAAUCUCGCCAGAGCAGAGCAUCAAUAAAGCCUCAAGGCCACUGGCUUUGAAGAACUUUUUCUCCAAGAGGAUAAAACCUUCAAAACAAAAGCUCAUUGGAACCACUAAGAGAUAGUUGGUGUAAUGGAACAAUUGAACAGAAAAAUGUGAUCCCUGGGGUGGGGAAUGAUCUCAGUCCUUUAUUAACUUCUUGAUUAGGUCAAAAACUGGAUUCAGCAAGUUCACUUGGCAUGAUGUCAUUUAAUUUCCACUAAAACCCUAGAGGGAAGAAACUAUUCUGUCAUAAAUAUGAGGAAACCCAGGUUCUGAGGUUCAAUAAUUUGCUCAGUUUCCACAGCUAAUAAGUAGUAGAAUCAGAUCCGAACCCAGGUCUUCUGGGCUCCACAUCCCCUUAUGCCACCCACUGUGUCUUCAGUCCCUUCACCCAGUUGCCCAUCUUGCGUGUUGUACCAUGGUCGGGAAAAUUGUGAUAUUGCCCGAAGCUGGCAUUUUGAGCGGCGUCCGGCCGGGGCUCCCCUUCUAUGAAUUCCUCACACCUGUAGAGCCAGGAAAUCACAGAAGUGCCCUACAUGCAGGUGCAGGGGGUGGGUAAGGCCAAGAGCUCAGUGUUGGUUCUAUAGGGCUGGGGGCGAAGAUGGUGGAAGACCAGGCUCACGGGUGACGUCAGGGUUAUUUCCAUUGGGGAAAUGAGUGAAGAGAGUUUGUGCACAGGAAAGUCAUGCCCCUGAAACCCUGCAGCAAAUGUCACCACAGCAUGAGCCAACUGUUAAAUGAAAUUGACCCCAAAGACCGUAGAAGAGGAAGAGAAUCAGGAAACAGCAGAGCCACGCUUCAUCCCAAUGUAAAGACACACCUUCAGAAAACUGGUUAAGAAAACUAGGGUAUAGCCAAUCAAUAGAUGAGGCAGCUGGCAAAAGAUCAUUUUUUUAAAUCAUGUAAUGUGGAAAUUUUCUCACGAUAAAGCAAUA